AUGAGGAGAAGGAACAAUCUAUUAAAGAUAUGGGGGAGGAAAUUCCAUGCAGUGGUAACAGCAGAUGCCAGGGCCUCUUUGGGCUUCGACUGUGAAGAAAAUGAAGACCAGAUUGAGUCGGGCAGAGCAGAAAACCAGAGGGCGCGGCUGGCGAGUGGCUGCUCAGGAACCGUGGCCCGGGGCCGGGCUGUGGUGCUCCUGACUUGGCGCGCCGCGCAGAGGACGCUGGGAGCAGCUCGAAACCGAGCGCAGGCGCAGAGGCUUCAGUCGCGCGACCCCUUUCGACUAGGGCGCUUCCGGCUGGAGCUGUUGGGCGCAGGGCCCCGGCAGGUCAGUUUGGAGUGGCCCUGGGAGUCAGACUCCGGCAUCGUCCGGGGCCCCCGUCAGCAGCAUCCUCCACCGGGAGGGCCUGGGACCCUCAGCCUGCAAUUCGCCAGCCCUGAGGAAGCUCAGCAGUGGGCAGCCCUGGUCCGAGGUGCCGCCGUGGAAGGACAGAAUGGUCGGUGCCCUGGGGCGAAGAUUCGUUCGGCUGGCCAGGGACUGCAGUUGUGCUGGGAGAGAACAGGAGUAGCCCCAACCCCUAGGCUGGAUGAGGUAAGUAGUGGGGAAAGCUGGGCCCACCUUACACACUGCUGGGGUUCUGGGAACACUUCCAGGAGGGAGAAAGUAGAGAAACGAAAUAGAGGCUGAAGAGCUGGAGUCUGGAGUACCAGACGAGCAUGGAAGUUCAGAGCAAGCAGGGCCUCUGGACGUGGGUGAGAAGACAGACUAUAUCAGAAACAAUGGGAAAGUAUUCAGGGGAAGAGCUACAGGCUCAGAUUUGAGCUACCUAUGACUGAUGGAGAUCUGCAUUCCUGUGGGUGGCACAGAUAGGCCUGGAGAGAAGAAGGAUGUUUCCAAAGAUGCUUAGGAGAUGGAAUUGGCUGUAUUUCAUGGAGGUUUAAAUGGAAGUGUUAGUGGUUGAGA